UCCCGGUUCCCGGUGUCGGAUCCCGAUGUCGGUGCCCGGUUCCCGGUAUCCGGUCCCUGGUGUCAGUUCCUGGUUCCCGGUGUCGGAUCCCGAUGUCGGUUCCCAGCAUCCGGUUCCCGGUCUCUGCUCCCCGGUGGCGGUUCCCGGUGCCCGGUUCCCGUCUCUCCGGUGCGGCCCCGCCCCGGGCCCCGCCCGUCGCCGCCCCUCCCCGCCGCCGCCGCCGCCGCCGCCGCCCUUUGUCCGCCGCCGCGGGCCCCGCCAUGUCGCCGCGGUGAUGCGCGGCGGGGCCGGCCCGGGGGCGACGGGGCCGGGGGCAACCGGGAGCCCCAUGCGGGGGCCGCCGCCAUGGGGCAGGUCCUGGGCUUCGCCCACUGCAAAGAGGCUCCAUCCACGGCCUCCACCACGCCGGACUCCACGGAGGGUGGCAACGAGGAGUCGGACUUCCCCGAGCUGCAGGCGGCCGGAGCCCCCCGAGGAGGAAGAGGAGGAUGAAGACGGGGCGACGGCGGCGGCGGGGGGGGGACGGACACCCCGGGGACCCCCCCGGGAACUCACUUUCUCCUACAUCGCCUUCGCGGGGGGAGGGGGCCCCAACGAGCCGCCGGGUCCCCGCUGUCGCCGGGACUCCCGUAGGGGACGAACCCCCCCCCACCACCGCUUGAGCUCGGGGCCCCCCCGGGGGCCGGACCCCCGUUUGGCUGCCAGGGGCCCCCCCCGGCGCCCCGAGGAGCCCCCGGCCCCCCCCGAGGGGCGGCUGGAACCGGGGGGGGCCCUGCCAGAGCUGGGGGGGUCGGAGACUGAGGAGACCCCCGUGAGCCUGGCACCCACCGCCCCCCCUCCGGCCGCUCUCCCCCCCCCGCCUGUAGGGGGCGCCCCCCCGGGCCCCCCCUUCAUUUCGGACCCGCCCCCGGCCCCCCCCGACCAAUCACCGAGCCCGCCGGCAGCUGAUGGACUGGUGCGGGAGCUGCUGUACUGGCGGGCGCCGGGGCGCUCGGCGCUGGCGCUGGGGGUGGCACUGGCCACCCUGGGCUGCCUGGGCCGCUUCAGCGCCGUCAGCGUGGCCGCCUACGGGGCGCUGGCCGUGCUGGCCGUCACCCUGCCCCUGCGCCUGCACCGCGCCGCCCUGCGCGCCCUGCGCCCCCCGGGCCCCCCCGCCCGGGCGCCGCCGGAGGGGCCCGUGGGGCUGAGCCCCGAGGAGCAGCAGCGCUGGGCCCGGCGCCUGGCUCGUCACCUGGCCGCCGCCACCCGCACCCUCGCCCGCCUCUUCCUCGUCCACAGCCUCCCCGAGUCCCUCAAGUUCGCCUUUUUCUUCUACCUGCUGACCUACGUGGGGGCCGUCUGCAACGGGCUGACGCUGCUGGGAGCGGGCGUCAUCUGUGCGUUCACCUUCCCCGUGCUCUACCGGCACCACCAGGCCCAGAUCGACCAGUACGUGAGUCUGGUGAGGAACCACCUGAGCCACCUCCGAGCCAGGAUCCGGGCCAAGCUCCCAAGUGCCAAAGCCAAGCCGCAGUGACCCCCCCCCGCCCCGCCCCCCCCGCGUGUCCCCCCCACGAGGUGACAAUUUUUUUUUGGGGGGGGGGGGGUGGGGGGUGAC